AACAUAAUAAUUCUAAUUUUCAUUCUCACCCCCCGACAACCUCUCAGCGGCGAAAGAAAAAACCCUAAGACCAAAUCCCUCUCUCCGGUCCGGCCGUUGCCGGAGCCGGAGGUCUCCUCUUUCCUUUAUCCUUCUUUUCCCUUUGCUCUUUUCCUCCUUGUUCUCCGAUCGGUCGACAUGUUUGCAGUUCUGGGUUUGUUUGAGACUUAACGGGAGACGCGUUUGGGCUUGACGGCUCUUGGUCUCGACCUUCUCUGGAGCAGCGGUGAGAUCGGUGUGGCUAUGGGUGAGGAAAGAGUCGGCUUUUAGGGUUGAGGGAAGAACCAGAUCUUGUUUUCCAUCUUCAGAUCUACGGUGACUCCCUCACGGCGAUGGCGCAUGGACCGGUAAGACGCCUCCUCCACAUCAGUUCUCUUUACUGACGCGGCGGUGAGGAGAGAAUUGACGGUGAUUGAAAAGCGUUGGAUGUGAGAACUCGUUGCUUUGGAGGAGUUAUUUAACGGUGGUGGAUUGUGGUUUGUCUCCUCCAGUUAUCGAAGACAACACGACACAAAGACUCACGUUGAUGGAGUGAGCUUUGUUGGUGGUCGUGUUGAAGCUCAUCAUACCAUCACCGUCGACAAUAACGUAAGUAGAGCUUCACCGCUGGAAACUUGGGUUAGUGGUAUCAUCUGGUUGUCAUCGCUAAGGCUCGCUCUUUUUAGUCGAUUGUGUAUGGUCAGUGUUGUGGCUAAGGUUUGUGAUUAUGUUGGCUGAUGCCUUGUCCUCAGUUCUAAAUGGGUUUUGCGUGAAGUCUGUUGAUACAUGGCACUGCAUCAGUAUUGCCUGACCAAUGGGUUGGCUAGGAUUGGAAACCUUAUCUAGCGAGUGUUGUUGUUGGUUCUCUUUUGAUUAGAGUUGUGGGGUCUGGCAGCCGUUGUGACAAUUUCAGUUGCAGAAAUCUCUUUUAGUUGGUGGUACAGUGAUUUCUCGUUGAUGUGAUCUGUUUUAGAAUGCAUUUGUUGUGGAAAUCAAUCAACGAGGCUUGUUUGUGUGGAGGUGUUUGGGAGGCUUCUUUCUAGGUGUAAAGUGGACGUCAAAGAGUGCGUUCAAACCGUAUCCGAAAGUUGAUUGGAUCCUGAAGUGGUCUUACUUGUCGGGUUGUGAAGUUUUGGUUCCUAGUUACUAGUGGGGAUGGUAUCGUUUGGCAGGCUAUAGGCGGCAGCGAUAGAUCCGAUUUGAGAAGACUAAGGGUCUUCAGGGUUUGAAGCGGAUGGAAUCGUUGGUUGGCCGAGGGCAGCUUCGAUUUAUCCAGAUCACUGUGGUUCCUAAAUUGGGAGAUUAUGUGCAUUGAAUUGUUAUAGGUUUGUCUGUAGAUGUUUUCGUUGUGGUGUUCUAGUUUCCGUAAGCUGCCCUGGUGUGGGCUUGAUAGGUUCUUUCUUAACCGUUGUUGUUUUGUUGUCCGUAAGCUGCUCCGUUGUGGGCUCAAGCUGCUCCGUCGUGGGCUCAAGUUGCCUUUCCUUUGGGUUUUUGUAACAAACUCUUGAAUGAAUAUUUUCAGAUGGAAAAAAAAAAAAACAUAAUAAUUCUAAAAUUUAAAAGAAGCUUAAAAAUUAUAAAUGGGUGUUUCAGUUUUCACCUCGUCAGCACAAAACUCGCAACGUAUAGAGAAGAGAGACGAAAGAAAAAAAAACCAGAAGGAUCUGAGUUGCGUGAAGGGUUGAUCAAACGCUAGGAUCUGAGAGAGAGAGAGAGAGAGGCAAAAUGGCGAAUCAUCGUUUAGAUAAUGAGUACGAUUACUUGUUCAAGAUCGUCCUCAUCGGCGACUCCGGCGUCGGCAAAUCCAACAUCCUCUCUAGAUUCACCAGAAACGAGUUCUGCCUCGAAUCCAAAUCCACCAUCGGCGUCGAAUUCGCCACACGCACUCUACAGGUAGAAGGCAAGACAGUGAAGGCUCAGAUUUGGGAUACAGCAGGACAAGAGCGCUACCGAGCCAUCACAAGCGCUUACUACAGAGGAGCCGUUGGAGCUCUCCUCGUCUACGACAUCACCAAGAGACAAACCUUUGAGAAUUCUCUGAGGUGGUUACGCGAGCUUAGGGACCAUGCUGAUUCCAACAUCGUGAUCAUGAUGGCUGGGAACAAAUCUGAUUUAAACCACCUGAGAUCUGUUGCUGAUGAAGAUGGUAGGUCUCUGGCUGAGAAGGAAGGUUUGUCGUUUCUUGAGACGUCUGCUUUGGAAGCGAGUAAUAUCGAGAAAGCGUUUCAGACGAUCUUGUCUGAGAUUUAUCAUAUUAUAAGCAAGAAAGCGUUGGCGGCGCAGGAAGCUGCAGGUGGGCUUCCGGUUCCGGGGCAAGGUACUGCUAUUAACAUAUCGGAAUCAUCUGUAGGUAACAGGAAAGGAUGCUGUUCUACCUAAUGACUAAUCAAAUCACACGUUUGGUUUCAAGACUUAUCUCUUUUUGAUCUUUUACCAGUUUUCUUUUUCUUCUGUUCUUGACUUAAUUUCAGCAAGUAUAGCAUACCUUUUUUAUUUGGAUUUUAUGUUACAGAAAGAAGUUUGUUUAGCUGUAUUGACACUGUGAGGUCAUUCACACCAUUCCACAAAAAAAGGAAGAUUUUUUCUUUUUCUUGA